AUCGGAUUCCCAAUUUAGUCAACUAUAAGGACUUUGAUUUACUUUCAUUUUCCCACUUCUCUUUUUUAUAUUUUCAUUACGCAAGAUGUCUGUCGAUUACGUUACUUUACACUCAGGUGAUAAGAUGCCUCUCCGUGGUUUUGGCUGCUGGAAGAUUGACAAGAAAGAUGCCGAAGACACUAUUUAUCAAGCCAUUAAAGUGGGUUAUAGACUUUUUGAUGGUGCUUGUGAUUACGGUAAUGAAGUAGAAGUGGGACGUGGUGUAAAUAAGGCUAUCAAGGAAGGCUUGGUAAAGCGUGAGGAGCUAUUCAUUGUCACUAAAUUAUGGAACACAUUCCAUAACAAGCAACAUGUGCGUGCUGCUUUUGACAGACAACUUAAGGAUUGGGGACUCGACUACUUCGAUCUCUAUUUGAUCCAUUUCCCUAUUCCCUUGCAAUAUGUGGACCCUUCUAUCAACUAUCCUCCUGAAUGGUAUGUUCCCGGUGCAAAUACAUUGACUUUCGAACCCUCUCCUCUACACGAAUGCUGGACUGAAUUAGAAAAGCUUGUUGAAGCCAAUUUAACACGUAAUAUUGGUAUUGCCAACUUUAACUGUCAAACCAUCAUGGAUAUGUUGACUUAUGCCAAAAUCAAACCUGCUGUGUUACAGAUUGAAAUUCAUCCUUACUUACCCCAAGAGCGUCUUAUUAAAUGGGUCAAGGAUCAAGGCAUUCAAGUCACUGCUUAUUCUUCUUUUGGUCCUACUUCCUAUGUCAACUUGAGUGAAUUUGGCAAAGAUUAUUCAUCCUUGCUUGAGCAUGACCAUGUCAAAUCGAUUGCCAAUAAACACAAUGUCACUACAGGUCAAGUACUUCUUCGUUGGGCUUUGGAUCGUGAAAUUGCCGUGAUUCCUAAGAGUUCAAAUGAAGACAGAAUGAAGAGCAACUUUGAUAUCUUGGACAUUAAGUUUGAUGAACAAGACAACAAGACUUUAGAUGCACUCAAGUCAAACCAAAGAUUCAAUGACCCCAUGAUCUUUGGGUUUGGUGUACCUCUUUUUGAUUGA